AUGUUAACUAGAUAUAGUUCUCCCUGGAAACCCUGCCCCCCUUCCCUCAGUUCGGGUUUUUGGAAGAGUAUUUGUAGCACUGCAGACAAGUUUAAAAGUAAUUUCUGUUUUCAGGUUGGACUGAACAGCCCUAUUGACUGUUUUUGGGAUAAUUGGGUCCUAAAUGACAGCAUUUCUUCUAUGUUAACUGGGCAAGCUUCUUCUUCUGUUAUUGGGUCUAACGAUAAACUUGCCAACUGGGUAACUGAUGGUGUUUGGUCUAUUCCCACCUCGCUUAACACUUCUCUCAAAAAUCUCAUUUACAUUGUACCUAUUUCCCACAUCAGCCAUUAUCACAUUACAUGGGAAAACAAUGAGAAUGCAACUUUUAAAGAUUUUUACAAGGAGUAUUUUUCUGAUUUGGAUGUGGAUGUGGACUGGUAUAAUUUAGUGUGGCAUAAAAGACACUCCAUUAGGUACUCCUCUCGUUCUUGGAUUGCUAUUAACAAUGGGCUUAAAACUGCUGCGGCAUUGUUGUAUAGGAAUAUGAAAAUUGAUGACACCUCUUGCCCUCUUUGCCACAGUCAUUUGGAGAAAACUUCACACCUCUUGUUUGAGUGUGACUACUCUUUUCAGCUUCUGACAUUGAUUAUUCCACAGUUCAAAAAUUUCUACCUGAGGCCCAACAUUAUUCAAGCUCUUCAUUUUAUUUCUGGGCUUUAUAGCGAUUCUGAUACUACAAAUGCUACCCUUCUCAUUCUUCAUGCUGCUGUUUAUUAUCUCUGGAAUGAACGUAAUUCUAGGAAGUUUAAUGGUAAUGCUUCGUGUGUUACUUCUUUAAAGAGGAAAGUUAUUCGGGCAGUUUUUUUAAAGCUGAAUACCUAG